UAAAGCCAGGCACCUCCUUCCGCGCAGUCGGGCACCGGUCUCCCGAGCGCCGGCCCGCAGCGAGGCUGCCUCCCCGUCGAGCAUGGGGCUGCCUCGGAGGGCGCGAGAGCCGACGGAGCUGCGUAAGAGCCUGAAGCCGCUGCUGGAGAAGCGCCGCCGCGCGCGCAUCAACGAGAGCCUGCGGCAGCUCCGGGCGCUCGUCCUGCCGCUGCUCGGCCUGGAGAGCUCUGGCUGCUCGAAGCUGGAGAAGGCGGACAUCCUGGAAAUGACGGUGCGCUUCCUGCAGGAGCUGCCUGCGUCCUCCUGCCUGGCGGCGGCCCCCACGCCCUCCGACAGCUACCGCGAGGGCUAUGGCGCCUGCCUGGCGCGCCUGGCCCGCGCGCUGCCCGCCUGCGGCGCCCUGGAGCGUGCGCUGGGCGCUCGGCUGCUGGAGCACCUGCGGCAGAGAGCGGCCGGCGCCUCCCCCGACGGCGGGCGCCCUGAGGACUCGUGUGGGUCGCCCUCGCCCUCCGCACCGCCCACCCCCGCACCCUCGCCGCCUGCGUCUCCUCGCGGCCCUGGCCUCUGGCGGCCUUGGUAGCCCCUGGAGAGUCCACGGACGCCGCUGCCGGCCCUGGGGACUGAGGAAGCCUGGCGGCAGCUGCUUUUCCCACCAGGAGGGGUCAGCCACAGCCAGGACGCAGCCGGAUGUCUGUGAUCCGAGCGGUGGACUGCAGGCCUGGGGACUCAGCUGGAAGAAAUAAGGGGAGAAGCCCGCCUCACCCCCAACUGGAGGGUGUCUGGGCCGAGGAGAAGGGGCGAGUGGCUGCAGGGGAGGAGGCGCCCCCACCCCUGCUGGUGGAAGGCACACCUGUCCCCGCACUGGCCCCAAUCCAAGGGCUGGACCGAGCUCACCUGGGCAGACCUCACCUGAGCCAGGUGCAGCCAUCUGCUCUGGCUGGUCGCUGCCCUCCAGGCCCUUCUUGGGCCUGCCUCCUCGCCAGCUCUGCUGGGCAGCCUCUGCGCAGAUGGAAGCAGUGACCUGAGGGCUCUGCGGGCCUGGGAGCCAUCACCUCCACGCCUGGCUCUCUGGUCCAAAGCCUCCAGUGACAGGGCCUGGAGGCAGCCGGGCUCCGUGCUGUCUGGGCGGGGGCCUGGCUGGGUGGGCGUGGGAGGACUCAUUCCCCAGCAUUAGUCUAGCCUGGUUCAUGUGCCAGGUGUGAGAAGGGUGGGCAAGAAUGCGGGUGCCCUGCGGCCCCAAGGAGAUCCAACGCGGAGGCAGUGCCGGGGAGGUGAGCACGGCCAUGUCACCGCAGCAGGGAUUCAAGGGCAACAACAGGUGAAGGAUCAGGAAACACCUUUCCUCAUUUUCUCUUCACACCUGCUUCCGGCUGCUCUUCAGGUUUGGUCACUGGGAGUGACUUGUUCUUCAGACUUUUCUUUCUUCCCUGUGGACGUCAGGAGAGCCUGCAAAGCCUCAGGGAGGGGCCGUGGGUCCCAGGAGUGGGUGCCCAAGACACGGCGGGAGCCCCACUGGGCCCUGUUCCCAGCAUUUCCUGAGGAUCCGCUGAGCCUCCUCACGAAGAAGGGUCAGUGCCUCGUCCCACAGCCUGUGGAGGGACCAGGGCACGAGGGGUGGAAGGCGGAGCUGAUGGAGGGGGAGGGGUCACCAAACCCGGGAUGACCUCGCACCGAUUUGGAUGUCAGGACGUGGGAAGCUGUGGGUGUUAUUGAAGAAGUCACUGCUGCCUGGCAGUGAGCUCAAUGGUUUGGCACCACCCCAGCAGCAAGAGGUUGCCGGUUCAAUUCCUGGUCAGGGCACAUGCCUGGGCUGUGGGCUCCAUCCCCGGUAGGGGGUGUGCAGGAGGCAGCUGAUCGAUGUUUUUCUCUCUCAUUGAUGUUUCUAUCUCCCCCUCUCCCUUCCUCUCUCUCUAAAAAACAAUAAAAACGUUUUAAAGAAGUCACUGCUGAGACAGCUGGGUGAGCCCCCAGCAGCGUGUCCUGUCCUACCCCCUGUGGGUUUGGCAGACGGGACUGCAGCUCCUGGAGGGCAGGGUGGGGCUGAGUGCGCCUCUGUGUCUGCAAGGCCCGGGGCACACAGGGAGCUCAGGAAACACGGUGGGCUAACGAACAGGUCAUGUGACCAGACCACGAGGCACUGAGCCCUGGACAGCCUGGCCUUUGCCCUGACUCCCACCCAGGGCCCCUCAUACCGCUUAGAAGACCUGCUCCACAGGCCUGGGCUCCCAGGACAGAAGCGGGGGGUGGGUGUGAGAGUGGGGGCGGGUGUGAGAGCCAGCACGGAGGCUGGGCCUGCUCUGCCACUUCCUGCUUCUGAGCUCCGUCUGGGUCCCCGGCUCUGUGCCUCUCAGUGACCUCACCUCGAGCAGGCAGGGCGGAGGUGUGUAGACAGGCCAGUGACUCAGGGGUCAGGCGUUCCGGGCACUGAGCUGGGCAGCCAGCCCGCCCUGGCGGGAGCAGAGGUAUGCCCAGGCAGGUGAGGCUCUGGGCCCCAGACGAGAAGCCUGCUUCCCAGCAGGGAGGGGCCCGAGCUGCCCAGGUGCCUGGCUGGCACUCAGGCUGGGCUUGUGACACAGGGAAGCCAGCCUCCUCCACAGGCACCUGUGCACGCCUCCCUCCUGGCAGCUCCCCUGCUGUUCCCGGAGCCUGUGUGACGCCCCAGGUGAGCACAGGGCUGGGCGGGCCUCUCUGGUGCGGGAGGGAGGCUCCCCACUCAGGAGCAUCCCAUGACACUAAGCGAGGCCCACGUGGGGCCCAGUGGGUGGCCCUUUCUGAGAUGGUCCCAGGACUGACUGGCUGUCACGCUUGGUUGCAGGAAAGGGCCUGGGUUCUUAGAAACCAGUGGGUGACAGCCGGCACCUGGAGCCGCCUGGGAGCCUCAGGCUGGGGCCGGCCACGUCCCCCGGGGGUCAAGUCUCUUUUCCAUGAUCAGUGAUAAAGGCAGGUUGCCAAGGAGACUCCUCUAGGAAACAGCUACAAACCUCGGAGCCCAGACUCCGGCUGAGUCUCCCGCCGGGUCGUCUGGAACAGGAGCUGAAUGAACUGGGUCUGGGAAAGCCCGCGGCUCGGCAGAACCCUCCUGCCACAUCAGGGUGACCCCCGUGGAGCCGCUGGCGGGAGCCAGGGGCCCUUCCCCAUCCCCUGCAGCCACCUUCUCCCAACAUCGAGGCCAGAUUUAUUAAAAAAUUUUUU